UCCAGCAAAAGAGCAAUUCUUUUCAUCACAAACGCGUUGAAUUCUUGGUAGAAGGAGGUAUUAUUUUACCACCUAGAGGAUCUUUGGAUCGUCAACAUUUUGAGCUGCAAAGAAUCACAAAGCGCGAGGAAUUAGCAUUCCUAUCGAUUGAAUCAUUUGGUUGAGUCUGGCGUGUUUCUAUUCCUGCUAACGCCGCUAUGAGUAGUGUGACGACACCAGGCGCGGAAUCAUCAUUUGAAAGUUCCAAGGACAGCUCACGUUCUCUUCCAUCCGCCUUUUUAUCAACAUACAACAGGGAAUAUAAAGGUUCUUUUGGUCCACCAGCGCCAGAUGCAAGAGUGCGAACUUCGCGUUUCUACCCUCCAGGACAACCAUCAGUUGACUCCACGUAUAGGACCGAUUUCCUAAGUCACCAGGGAAAACCUACAAUUAAAGUGCCUUAUGGGACAUCCUCUGGAGACAGGAGCAAUAACCCUCACCCUCAUAAUAUGGAGCAGGUGUUCGCACAUCCGAUUAAAGAUUAUUUCGUGUGGUCCCAUUACCGAAAGCUUCCCCCAGUUAAUUCUAAAGGGACAGAAUCCUCCACUAGCUCUGAGCUCCUUAAAAAAGUGUGCCAGGACAAGACUCGGUCGACUUAUCAACAGGAUUAUGUCCCUCAUAUUCAAGAUCUUCCCUCUACAAACAAUGGCGCUGAAGGCCAAGGAUUAAAUCAAGAGAGAUAACACGCUGAAUAGCUUUGAUCGCCAUGAAAUGAAGAAAUAUUCCUUUGAAAAUGCAAAUAUUAUGCCAGCACACUCUUGAAACAAUGAAUGGUCAUCUUUGUGGAGCUGUGCAGCCAAUCACAGUUAUGCAGUUAUCAGGGGAAUACAUUCAGUUGUGGAAACCGUG